CUGCAUAGGGGGACCGGCGUGUGUUUUUGUUUAACAGACGGAUGGUUUUCUCCUCCUCUUGCGCCCAGAUCAGUUACUUUGCCACGGGCCCGGUGUCCGACGACGGCUCUCAGUUCCGCUCUUUCUUCCGCACCGUCCCCAGCAACAGGCUGCAGGCCCUGGGCCUGGCUCGGCUGGUGACCCACUUUGCCUGGACGUGGGUCGGCCUGCUCACGACGGACUCCGAAUACGGGAGGCAAGGCAUAGAGAUUGUGCGGGAGGAGAUCGUCCGGAACGGGGCCUGCGUUGCCUUUUCGGAGCUGCUCGACAAACCGCCGGACGUGGGCAACGUCGAGAGAGUCGCCAGAAGGGUCGCAGCAUCCAAGAGCCAGGUCAUUGUCACCUUCUGUGGGUCUGAGGCUCAGCCUCUGCUGCUCCUGCUGCACAGCCAGGGGGUGACAGGGAAGGUUUGGCUCUGCUCCGAAGCCAUGAGCCACAUCACCUUCUACAGGAACCGGCAGGCCUUGCUGAUGCUCAGCGGUUCGCUGGCCAUCUCCCCUCGCAAACGGCCAGUCCCCGGCCUGAGGGACUUCGUAGUCCAGCUCCACCCUUCCACUUCGCCAGAAGACAUCUUCAUCCAGGAGUUCUGGGGCGAAGUCUUCCAUUGCUGGUGGGACGCGAGCUCUGAAGAGGGGGGAAACAACAUCAGCCAUUCCUGCACAGGGAAGGAGAACUUGGGGGACGGCAGGAACUCCUUUGUCGGCAUGAUGGGGUUCGGCUUGUCCUUCAACAUCCACAAUGCCGUCUAUGCCAUCGCCCACGCCCUGCACGACAUGGCGCAAGAGGAGCCAAGGGGACUGAAGAGGACCGAAGGCGGAGUUCCUGGGAUCGAGCCCUGGAAGUUGCUUCACUACUUGAGGAAAGUCCGUUUCAAGAACAAGGUGGGCGAGGAAGUCUCCUUUGACCAGCACGGUGACCCCCCUGCCCUCUUUGAUGUUCUCAACACCCGCUACCCUUCCAUGAAGAAAUUCCAAGCUGUGCCAGUGGGGCAGAUUGCGUUCAGCCCCUCACAAGGCGAGGAACUGAAGGUGGAUGACAGCGCCAUCAUGUGGGCAGGAGGGAAUACCCAGGUAGGACAGAUUUUAUCCUCCAAGGCAGGGGGUCAGUUCCUGUGUGAGGACUGGAUGUGGCAGGGCACAUGA